CCCAGACAAUUGUGCUUGACGCCGGCCGUUGUCAAUUCCACCGGGCUUGGAGAUACUGUGUUCCAUACCUGUCUCGCCUACCGUGUCCUUUUUUCUCAGUACUCCAUUUCUCCUUUCACACCCUCCGACCUCCUCUCACUACCAUCACAAUGCCUCCCCGGGUCCGUGUCUCCAGCGGCCGGCUUGCCCAGCCAUUCCGACGCCAAAGACUCUGCCAGUAUGAAAUGGCCAUUGCAGCCCGAUACGCCAGCACGGCGACGACUCCGGCCGCCACACACGAACAGAUGACGCGCUCGUUCGCUCCGAUUGCCCACUAUCCCUCCUCCCAGCCCCCGUCACACCGCAAACCGGAGUACCGGCGCUCGCAGCUGCUGCGGCAAUACACGUCGAUGAUCCGCACAGCGCCGCUGAUGGUGUUCCUGCAGCACGACAAUCUGCAGUCGGUGGAGUGGACGGCGAUCCGCCGGGAGCUGGCGCAGGCGAUGCGCAAGGUCGACGAGAAGAUCGCGGCCGAGGGCCGCAGCGCGCCCGCCCUGGCGCCGCACAUCAAGGUGCAGAUCGUGCAGACCCGGAUCUUCGAGGUGGCGCUGCGCAUCGUCGAGUACUUUCGGCCCACGACGACGGCCGCCGCGGCGACCCCGAGCGCCGUCGACCCGGUCACGCCGACCUCCGCCGAGAUCCCGCUGGACGAUGCGGCCUUCGCCCACGACCUGUCCCGCGCCGCCCACGACGCCGUCCGCCCCAUGAGGGGCAAGCACGAGCUGACCCCGUUGCUGGUCGGCCCCAUCGCCGUCCUCACCAUCCCCCAGGUCUCGCCGGAGCACCUCAAGGCCGCCCUCACCAUCCUGGCCCCCAAGAUCGUCGGCCUCCCCGCCCCGACCCGCAAGGCCAACCCGGGCUGGCAUGAGGUCCCCGUGCAGAACGGCCUGAGCAAGCUGUCGCUGAUCGCCGCCCGCAUGGACGGCCAGGUCAUGGACGUCGAGCAGUCCAAGUGGGUCAGCAGCAUCGAGGGCGGUAUGGAUGGUCUGCGGUCACAGCUGGUCACCGCUCUGCAGAGUAUCGGCUCCAGCAUCACCAGUACCCUCGAGGGGGCGGGUAAGAGCCUGUACUUCACGCUGGAGAGUCGCAGGAGUGUUCUGGAGGAGGAGCAGAAGGGCCCCGAGGAGAAGAAGGACGAGUCCGCUUGAAAGGGUCGAUGAUUGCCAGUGCUUUUCGUAGGGGUUUUCUAAGGGUUCUUUUUUCUGUGUAUAAUAACACCAUGUGUACUUUUCUUGUCGCUUGUUCUCAACCCAUUUUAGCAUAUGAGACCAAUUUCAGGUCGGAGUCUACAGCUCUAGGAUACAAUGA